AUGACCAGCAAACCCGUCCCUGCCCUACACCAGGCCGCCUCCUGCGACAGCGACAGCCGGAGCAGCAGCAGCAGCAGCAAUGGGGAUGGCAUCCGCACUUUUGGUCCAAGGGACGUCAAGAACCAAUUCCACAUAUACGAAAUCAAAGAUGAGAUCCGAGUACUUCUUGCCAAGGUCGACAAGAUCCACGGCCGGCUGCAGCUCGACGAGGGUUUACUACUGGACAAGGGGUUUUGCUUCGGCCUUCUGGACCCCGCCACCAACAUCCUCAUCAACAGCGCCAUCUCCCAAGCAUGUUGUGCUGCCACGCCAACUAAACAAGUGUGUCCUGCUGCCCCGCCGGCGGUAGAACGACGACGACGAAGAGGAGGAGAGCAGGAUUUAGACCUUAACAAGCUCGACGGCCUCGUCGCCUUCCUGACCUGCCUCUUCCCCUACCUCCCCGACGCGGAGGCCUGGCUGUACCUUGACGCCGCGGAGGCGGACCCCUUUGUGGCCUCGCUCCACGUCAUCGGCAGACGCGGGAUGCGGGAGUUUAACUUCAGCUCCGAGACCACCGAGGCAGCGGUCGAGGCCGCCCUCAGAUGGGUGGAAGCUGCUUUCGCCUGCCGUGGAAGCUUUCCGCUCCGCGCCAUCGCAGAGGAGGCAGCACGACGACAUAGUCCUUCGCGCAGAGAAGCUCUUGAAGGCCAAUGGGGCAUCCGAUCCUGUCCUCCAGCUGAAAAAAACCUGGGAACUCGCGAGGAGGCGGCUUAUAGAAGCAAAUGCCAAAUUUUGUGCAGAACCCAGGGAGCUGCCUCCUGCCCGGGCGCCCAUGAAGCGAAUGCUCCUUGCGAUGAUCCAUGGAUUCUACCUGGAGGCGAUGGGCAGGCUGCCCACGGCCGAGCUGCGCAAUCAGUAUCACCAGAGCAUGAUCUGGGGUGGCUACUGCUAUGGUCUGCUGUCUCUAAUAUCAUUGUCAACACCAUCUGGUGCGAGCAAAACUUCCCACAAAGCAAACAAUUUCCGUUAACCAUGAUCAGCACCAAGUUGCUGUGGCGGAUUGCAGCGCAGUCACUCUACGGCCUCAUAUCCUUCCUGUGCACUCGAUACCGGGGUCUCACUCCCGACCUAGCCAUGCAACGCCUGCUGGUGGCCGGGGCCGACUUGCGAGCUGCUGAUCCCAGACUUUCUACUACGCCCAGUGCUACCGGAGAAACGCGUCUAAACUUUUCUGGUUGUGGUCAGGUUCUCAACAUUCCUGACCCUUCUCUUACUCAGUGCUCCGCGGUUGAAGACAGCAUCCCGUCUGCUAGUGUUCCUGAAGCAUAUACGGCCGCGGCCACCGCGGCACGUCACUGCCACCCUCUUGCACACAAAGAGUUCCUGGCAUCACUGAGUGGGGUGAGUAAACCCGCCGAGUUUGACUCAGAGGUGUCAGUGGAUGGUCUGAGCGAGUCUCUCUCAAAAGUGUUGCACAUGCGGGAUGGUGUCCCACUAUCCUCUCAGGAUCUUAGUUUGCUUUGCAAGAUAUUAGAUAGGUAUCCCUCCUCUGCUCGCCAGCAACGGGAUCUAGCCCCUACGAAGGUCAAGAAGGGAUUCUACUAUCAAGUAGGUAUAUGCAGCAGUAGGUUCUGGGGUCAGCAUAACCGAGUCACCAGCAUGGCGACAAAUGCAUUGGAGAAAUUCAACAAUAUAGCUGCGGAGGGCCACCUGUUUGAACUUCAUAUCAUCUGUGCUGUCAAUGAGUUCGUAUCUGGUCCGGUGCCCAGCGAGGGUGAGAAUGUUCGAGACUACAACCCAUGGACUUUUCAAAAGUAUUAUCACACCCAUAUCAACUUUCUGGCAGUUAGCAAAGCCCGCCCAUAUGAUCCUCCAACGCUCUUCUUUGCUGAAUGUGGAAAACACGGUGCUGAUACAUGUUGGUGUGUCCCCGUGAUUCCGCAGAAACCAGAAGCUGGUAUGCUCUAG